UGCUCUGUUUUCCCCGCCGUGUCUCUCGUCCUCUUCUCCAUCCAUCACAUGAACAUAGUUACAAUAGCAUGCAGCUAGCAUCACUAGCUCCGUAAUCCAAUCGACACAGCCGACAUGCUGAGGCUACUGAUCAUUUGGGCAGCGAUCUUGGGCUGCUGCCAUGGGCAGUCCGAAGUGUCCCGGAGGAACAGCCGGCUGAGGGUGAUGUCACCGCCGGAGCUCGAGGGCACAUACGGCUGUGCCAGCACCGACUUCGGUUUCCCGCAGCACGGUGGCUCCAUGACCGGCGUGGUCGUCUACCCAAGGCGCAACACGAUGGCCUGCACGAGCUUCGAUGACUUUGGCAUCUCUCUCCGUUCUCGCCCAGCCGGCGCGCUUCCUGUUAUCUUGCUCGUCGACAGGGGAGAAUGUUACUACACAACCAAGGUGAGGAAUGGGCAGAAAGCAGGAGCAGCAGCAGUUCUUCUUGUUGAUCAAAUAACUCAACCAUUAUUUACAGUCGACAAAUCAGAAAGCAGCCAGGCAACAAAUGAUUUACAGGAUGUCACCAUUCCUUCAGCACUUAUAACCAGAAGCCUUGGGAACAGUCUCAAGAAAGCAAUUGAUAAUGUCGAUUUGGUUAAUGUAAGCUUCAACUGGGGGGAGUCCCGAUUGUACCCUGAUGAGCGUGCUGAGUAUGAAUUCUGGACAAACAGUAAUGAUGAAUGUGGUCCAAAAUGCGAUAGCCAGGUUGAUUUCCUAAAGAGAUUUAAAGGUGUAGCCCAGACACUUGAGAAGAAGGGCUACACGCAGUUCACUCCUCAUUACAUUACUUGGCAUUGCCCAGAGAGUUACCAAAAUAGCAAAAUGUGCAGGUCCCAAUGUAUCAACUAUGGGAGAUAUUGUGCACCAGACCCGGAACAACAUAGGUAUGAUGGGUGCGAUGUAGUGGUUCAGAAAUUACAUCAACUUUGUGUGUUCAAAGUUGCAAAGAGGACUGGGAAGCCUUGGUUAUGGUGGGACUAUGUGACUCAUUUUGCUAUUAGGUGCUCAAUGAAGGAAAUGAACUACAGUAAAAGAUGUGCUGACAGAGUAAUCGAAUCACUUGGCCUUAAUCAAAAAGAGGUUGACAUGUGUGUUGGUGAUCCUUCCGCGGACGAGGAAAAUCCUGCGCUAAAAGCUGAACAAGACACACAGAUUGGCAAGGGUUCUCAUAGUGAUAUUACUAUGUUACCAACACUUGUAAUCAACAAUAGACAAUACAGAGGGAAACUUGAAAAAGGAGCAGUUCUUAGAGCUCUCUGCACCAGCUUCCAAGAAAAUAAUAAACCAUCUGUUUGCUCAAAUGAAGAAGACAUACAAACCAAUCAAUGCUUGGACAACAAUGGCGGUUGUUGGCAAGAUAUGGCUGCUAACGUGACUGCGUGCAAGGACACCUCCACUGGAACAGUUUGUGAAUGUCCAGUUUUGCAAGGUGUGAAGUACAUUGGUGAUGGUUACAACGACUGCAAAGCUCCCAUGUAUCAAGAUUGGCAGCCGAUCAAGAUCCGUAAUACCCAUACAUAUUCUUCUUAUUUAACAGAGGUUGUCCAUAAGGCCAUUUACAACCUCUUUGCAGGAAUAUUUGCGGCACAUAAGGUGUUCUAAUAGGAUCUGCAAGGUAUUGUGGUGAUGUGUGAUAUUUUUCUGAUUGAUACAACAUGUACAUUUGACAGUUAUGUGAAGAACAUGGCAUGAAGGUGGUUUCUGUCACAAGUUUGGUGCUUGCUCUUGCUAUUGUGUAAUGUCAUAAUCUAUAGCCUUAUAUGUUUGUCUCUGGUGUUUUAAAAUAUUAGAUUAGCCCAAACUAUAAUGCUACGCCCUUUUUCCUCCUUGAUCAUGGAGCGACAUAGCUACUUGGGAUGCAAAAUAUUUAUGAGUUGCCGCUUUACCAUGUUCCUAAGAAAGGCAAAACACAAGGAUCU